AUGGUUUUCAAACUCUCUGCAGGUGUGAUUGGCGGUGCGAAACAAGUGGUUUCAAUGAGCCAGCGCGGCUUUUUAGCGCAAAGCCAACUAAGAAUGGCGUCUACCAAGACAAUGACCGUCAGAGAUGCUCUUAACAGUGCUAUGGCCGAAGAAAUGGAUCGUGAUGAUGAUGUGUUCAUUAUCGGUGAAGAAGUGGCCCAGUACAACGGUGCGUACAAAGUUACCAAGGGAUUGUUGGAUCGUUUUGGUGAACGCCGUGUGGUAGACACUCCUAUCACGGAGAUGGGGUUCACUGGUUUGUCGGUGGGUGCCGCUCUUAAGGGAUUGAAACCAAUUGUGGAAUUCAUGUCCUUCAACUUUUCCAUGCAAGCCAUCGAUCAAGUUGUGAACUCGGCUGCCAAGACUUACUACAUGUCCGGUGGUACCCAAAAGUGUCAAAUUGUUUUCAGAGGCCCCAACGGUGCUGCCGUUGGUGUUGGUGCUCAACACUCGCAAGAUUUUUCUGCGUGGUACGGAUCUAUUCCAGGUAUGAAGGUUUUGGUGCCAUAUUCUGCCGAGGAUGCUCGUGGUUUGUUGAAAGCCGCUAUCAGAGAUCCUAACCCAGUAGUGUUUUUGGAAAACGAACUAUUGUACGGUGACUCUUUUGAAAUGAGCGAGGAAUCUCUGUCCACGGAUUUCACUUUACCGUACACUGCCAAAAUCGAAAGAGAGGGUACUGACAUCUCUAUUGUUACCUAUACUAGAAAUGUACAGUUCUCCCUUGAGGCAGCUGAGAUGUUGGAAAAGCAGCACGGUGUUUCUGUGGAAGUUAUCAACUUACGUUCCAUCAGACCUAUGGAUGUUGAUGCCAUCAUCAAGUCCGUCAAGAAGACCAACCACUUGAUCACCGUUGAAUCUACCUUCCCAACAUUUGGUGUUGGUUCUGAAAUCGUGGCUCAAGUCAUGGAAUCCGAGGCCUUCGACUAUUUGGAUGCUCCUGUGCAAAGAGUCACCGGUGCCGAUGUGCCAACACCCUAUGCCAAGGAGCUUGAGGACUUUGCUUUCCCAGACCCAGAUGUGAUUGCCACCGCUGUCAAGAGAGUCUUGUCUAUUGAGUAA